GAAGUUUGGAAAAAUGAACUUCUCUUCCUUCCCCAAUCUUGUUCGCCUUAAUCUUAGCCAUCAAGGACUCUAUGGGAGCAUCCCACCUCAAAUUGGUGAUCUUACAAGACUCGAGCACCUUAAUCUGUCCAACAACGAUCUAACAGAAAUAUGGAACUUGAAGAGUCUUGUAGCCUUAGACAUGAGCGAUUGCUCCCUCAAUGGUCCAAUCUCUUCCAACAUCAGUCAUUUAACCAAUCUGGUUUCUUUGUCUCUUGCAAACAAUCAAAUCAAUGGAUCCAUACCUUCAGAAAUGGGAAAUUUAAAGAACUUGGUUUCUCUGGAUCUAUCUGGAAACUUGUUUGUGGGUCUAAUACCACCCCGUCUUGGACAAUUAACCAGUUUGACAUUUCUAGAUCUCAGUUUCAAUUCAUUUAGUGGCUCCAUCCCUAGAGAAUUUGGGGAAUUGACGAAUCUCACUGAUCUCCGCAUGAAUCUUUGCGAACUCGUUGGUCCGCUCCCUCCAACUUUGGGUCAAUUGACAAAUUUGAGAUACUUGUUUCUUUAUGGGAAUCAAAUCAAUGGCUCCAUCCCUUCGGAAUUGACAAACCUUAAGAACUUGAUUGGUUUGUAUCUUUUGCAAAACAGUUUAGGGGGCACAAUCCCACCAUCUUUGAGUCUCUUGUCCAAUUUGAGGAUCCUGUACCUUAGAACAAAUUCUUUUGAGGGCUCCAUCCCGCCAAACAUAGGAAAUCUAAGAAUUGGAUCUUAGUAAUAACAAAAUAACCGGUCAUAUCCCUUCAUCUCUGUCUCAUUUGUCCAAUUUGCGGCGUUUGUAUCUUUAUGAAAACAGUUUAAUAGGUCAAAUCCCUCCAUCUCUGGGUCUCUUGUCCAAUUUGUCAAAUUUGGAUCUUGAUUCAAAUAACUUGGAUGGUUCUAU